AUGAAUUCCCUUCUUCUCUCUUUCUUCUCCAUCCUUCUUCUGGCUGUUUUCCAAUCAGAAUCCAGCAUUCAAAGGUAUCCCAGUUAAUGAAAUCUAGAAAGUCCGUUUCCAUUCAGAUCUCGUCGUGGUGCGUACAUGUCUAGUUCAUCGUAUUCUCGUCCGAGUUACGAAUGGAAUCAACAGAACUACAAUCCGUAUCAGAAUUGGAAUCAGAAUCAGAAUCCGACUCCGUGGGAGCAUAAUUCAUACAGCGGUAAUCGGUAUGGAUCGAGUUAUGGAAGACCUUCGAGCUACGGUCCUCCUCAGUCAGCCUACGGCCCUCCAAAGUCUUCCUACGGACGUCCCGAACCCUCUCCUUCUUCCUACUCCCCGUACUCCCGUCCCACGUCUUCAUACGGACGUCCUCCCCAAUUCUAUCCACAGCAGCCGACUCCUCCUGUCGUUCCCCCAGUAGUUCCGCCAGUCUUUUCUCAGCCAAUCGUCCCUUCAACCCCUGUAGUUCCCGUUGUUCCCUCUCCACCUGUUCCUGUCCCAGUUCCAAUUGCUCCAACUGACUUUGCUCCCACGACCGUUAGUCCUCUUUUCGGUGGAGUUGAGCCAGGAUCCGGCGUCCUAGCUCCAGGAGAAGUUCCUCCGCCACCGCCACCAACUGAUGAGGAGAUGACGAGAGUGGACCCGGCUGAGAAGGAAAAUGAGGUGGGGAAAUGAGUGAUAAAUCUAGUAAAUAAGUACUUUUAGGUGAGAAAAGCUCGUGGAGGACCGCCGGCAUAA